AUGGAAGUGGCAUACCGAUAUGUCGAGCAAAUUGAAACAACGGUGGAAACAAUGCGGCGUCGAUGUCUUGCGAUGUACGACGGUGUAAUAAGUAUGGGACAAAGAAGUGUAAAACUGGUAGAUAGAGCUCGUGAAUUGGUCGAACCAGUUGUAUACGACACUUCCGAAAGUUUUCAAACUGCAAUAUCAGAUAUGACCUCACUAGAUGCAAACGAUAAAGAAUUCCGUAACAACUUGUUGGAAUUGUAUCUUAGCUGUUCCGUCCUUUCAAUUGGAAUUAGUGCAGGAGAAAUAUCAGGUGCACUUGUCCUAGGUAUAAUAUAUCAGAAAGUAUUUGACUGGUGGUGGGAACUAUUACUUACGAUCUUGCUUCCUUAUCGGACUUAUCUCACUUUUCGCAAAAACGCUGCAUUGGAUGACACUGAACGGCGAGUCAAUUUAUUUGGACUUGCACUCAUUCUUGGCUCAUGCCUAGGUCAUAUGAUUGCAUAUCGACUGAUCUCGACUCUUCCAUCCAUCAAUUUCAUUCAGCCACUUGUUCUAGCCCUAGCGAUAGAUCCAGAACUCACUCCUGAAACGAUAUACUCUCCACGACAGACCUUGAUAGCUACAGGAACAGGUGUUGGCGCUGCAAUAGCUGCAGCCUUCGGCAUGAUCCAUGGCCUGUCUUUCUGCAUUAUUCUGUCCAUUCUUGCACAAGCUGCACUUCUUGCUAUUCAUCUCCAGGUUGUAAUAUACUUCAUGAAGAACAAAUCAUAUGGAGUUGGAGAAGCUCAACUGUGUUACAUACUAGGAUCAAUCAUUAUCCAAAUCCCAAUAGCCUUGGCUUUUGGUACCAAAUCGUAUGGCCCACCUCCUCGUAAAUAG